GCACAUCUAGCAAAAAAAAAGCGGCCGCGGUUGGAGGAAGAGAGUAAAUAGAGAGAAGCCUCAAGAUGGCUGACUCGCUGGGCUACGCUCACCCCACCGGAGCUGCUUCUGCGGUAGCCUUCGCCAAAACCCCGCUCCACAAGCCGACCGAGGCGAAAGGAGCCCCCGACAACCGCUCUCAGUCUACCCGGGAUUUCAACGCGCCGCCCAAGAAGGUCCGAGUCGACGAGCGGAGCGUUAGACCCAAGAAACUCAGCAGGGAAGCGGGAGUGGGAGGCGACGGCGGCGGCGGAGAGAAACUCCAGCAGCCCGCGAAGCAGCAGAGUUACGGCGCGUGGAGCUUCAGCCCGGUGAAGACGAGCGGCGGAACCAACCCCCCGGUGCCCGCUACCGGGGGGUCCCAACCACCGACAAACACGCACAAAGUCUUCAAACAGAGCGACUUCUUCCUCCACAAAGCGCCUUCCUCCCAACCCAAGAAACCGAGCAAGGACAAACCGCGAGAGAGGGAGAAGGGGACGGGAGGCGCGGAGGAGAAGAAACGUAAAGUGUUGGCGACCUCCGGACCCGCGAGUAACGGCAGUAACAACAACCACAACGACGUCGGCAGAAUUAAUAACACUUCUGCGGUGAAAAGAGAGAACGGGGACGUCACGUUGCCUCCCAAAGAGCACUCCGACAAGGCGGAAGAGAGGAGUCGUGAGGAGAGGGAGAAGACAAAGGUCAAAGACAGAGAGAAAGAAAAGGGGAAGAAGAAGCACAAAGUGAUAAACGAGAUCAAGAGGGAGAACGGAGAAGUCAAGCAGCCGAUUAAAGAUGAAAAAGAGAAAGCGAAGCUCAACUCUGAGGAGCUGCAAAUCAAAAAAGUGAAGAAGAAAAAGAAGAAGAAACACAAAGAGGGGGAGAAGCACAAACGAGUGAAGAUGUACCACCGCUCCUGCCAAACCGUGUGUGCUGGCCUGCUUCUCCUCCCAUCAUCCUCUCCACCUCCCACCUCUUCUUCUGCAUCCUCUGAUCCCACUCAUAACUCCUCCCUGUCUCCAUUUAAGUCCCCUCUACCGGUUUACCCUCCACCCAACAACAAAACUGCACCUCUCGUACCUUCCUCUCCCCUUCUUGCCCCCAAAUCCCCCUUCAACUCCUCUCCCCUCAACUCCCCUACCUUUCCAUUGGCCUCCAUGAUGACGCCACAACCUUCCCAAACCAAACACCAGCCGCAGUGCACCAGCCCUGGCCUGGCGAGCCUGGAGUUUGCUUCAUACAUCCACAUAGAGAACCAACCUAAUGGAGGAGCCCGAGUGGCCCACGCCUACACAUCCCAGCUCUCCUCUCUCUCCAUGAGCCAGAGGCAGAGAUUUGCCCAUGAGUUUGUCACCUUGGCUUUCAGUGAGGACUCAUCCCAGGCAGCUCAUUACGUCAUGGGGAUUGUCCACGGGGAAGCCGGCUAUCUGCCGGACUUCUUGGACUACUUCUCAACCAAUUUCCCAUCAGCUCCAGUCAAAAUGGAAAUACUGGCCAAGAAGGACAUAGAAACCACCACUAUGGCUAAUUUCUACUCUCAGGUGAAGAAAACGUACAGUAAUGGAACAUACAGAGCCGGGGCAAUGAGACAGAUCAGCCUGGUGGGAGCCGUGGACGAGGAGGUCGGGGAUUAUUUCCCAGAAUUCCUUGGCAUGCUGGAGGAGUCGCCCUUCCUGAAGCGAACUCUUCCGUGGGGAACGUUCUCCAGUCUGAGGCAGAUGAAUCCCACGGAGAGUGACGAUGGUCCUAUAAUGUGGGUCAGACCAGGAGAACAGAUGAUUCCUGUCGCGGAUAUACCAAAGUCCCCCUUUAAAAGAAAGCGCUCCACCAACGAGGUGAAGAACCUGCUGCAGUCGCUGCCCAGGGCCAACGAGCCCAGAGAGAUGCUGUUUGAGGAUCGCACUCGGGCCCACGCAGAUCACAUCGGUCAGGGCUUUGAACGACAGACCACAGCAGCAGUGGGGGUGCUGAAGGCUGUACGCGGAGAAAGCUCGGCGCCUCCUCGUGUAACCAAAGACGUGGUGUGUUUCCAUGCUGGUGAUUUCCCUCAUGUAGUUCAGAGGCUGCAGUUGGACCUCUACGAACCUCCGCUGUCUCAGUGUGUGCAGUGGGUCGAUGAUGCCAAACUGAACCAGAUGCGUCGCGAGGGCAUCCACUACGCUCGUAUCCGCCUGUGCCACAACGACAUCUAUUUCAUCCCUCGCAACGUGGUCCACCAGUUUAAGACUGUGUCGUCUGUCUGCAGCCUGGCAUGGCACGUCCGCUUAAGGCAAUACCUCGGUGGAGAGGAACAAGAGGAGGAGGAGGAGGAGGAGGAGGAGGAGGAGGAGCAGGAGCAGCAGAAGGUUGAGCUGAAAGAGAAGGAGAUUAAAACGGUGGAGGAAAAAGAGGAGGAGAGGAGAAAAAAGAAGAGUGAGAAAGGAGUGAAGGAGAGGAUAAAGGAGGAGGCUGAUGUGGCAGAAAACAGGACGUUACCGUCUUUCAAAAAGGAGGAACGGGAUCAUCGUCCACCUGUCUUGUCUCAGCCAGCUCUCUCAGUGGACGUGAACACGAGCAGCGCUCGAGACAAAGAGGUGGAGAGGGAGAGGGUAAAAGACGGAGGAAAACCCAAAUGGCAGGAUUCACCUCCUGCAAAGGUGAAAGCAGAACAUCUAGCGCCUCCUCUCUGCAAGAAUAAAUCGUCUUCAUCUCUCCCUCCUGCUCCCCAUCCUCCUCAUCAGAACACAAAACCCAAAGCAGCGUCAUCAAAGCACCAUCACCAUCACCACCAUCAUCACCAUCAUUUGGACAGUAGAAUGAUGUCUUCCAGUGCAAAGUCCUUACCGUCUGCUCCUAAAUCACCCAUCUCCAAGUCUUCCUCUUCUUUGUCGCCUUCAGCUGUUACUCCUUUGUGCUGCUCUUUAGCUGCUCCCAAUCCAUCCUCUUCUCCAUCUUCCUUCAUGUCCACCUCCGCUACAUCUUUCCUGACUAGUACCAAGCCGGCAGUGGACUCUCAUUUCUCUCCCCUCCCUCCUCCCAGCGUGUCUUUGGCUUCUUGGCAGCAUUCCUCUUUUCCGUCAGACCGUCCGAACGACUCGCUCUGCCUGAACCCAGGCUUCGCCUCAGACAAGCGGACGCAGUCAAACGUUCGGGCGUCGCACGGGUCGCCCGCCAUGGAUGUCCAAACGCACACCGCUGCGGGUUCACAAGCCGACACGCGGACACACGCAGCCGCUCGCACGGCGACAGACUUAUGGACACUCCAAGAGAGAUGGAGUCACGGCGCGGACACCAGGACGUCUGUGGACCCCCAGAUGCAUCCGCCACACGACACCGCGAGGCAAGGAGUUUACAUGCAGCAAUACGCGCCCCAUCACCUCCCGCCUCCUCACAUGCUCCCCCCCUCCUUCUCCCCUCUCAUGCCACACUCUCAUCUUCCUCACAGGCCUCCGAUCCUCCCCCCAGGUCCACUGUCCAACCCUCCUCUCCCUGCACAGUCCCAACCUGUGAACUCGUAUCUCAGUCAGACGGCGCCGCCGCAUUCAGUUCACAUGAGCCAGCUUCACCUGCAUCGGCCGCACCAACCAAACAUGGCCGCGCAGCCUCCAGCGUACUACCAGCCUCCCCCGCAUCAACCAAACACUCUCCUCAACGGCUCGCAGCCUCUCCCUCCCCACUUCUCUCAACAUCACCAGUUCGCCUCGCAUGCCAACACCUUCUUCCCCCCUCAGCAUCCCCACUUGUCCCCUCAUCACUUCCUCCCCCCUCAGUCUUACCUCUCACAACCCACCAGCCCGUACCCGCUGCAACCGCAGUACCAGCCUCAGUCUUUCCCUUACCCGCCUCCUCCUCCUUCCUCCUCGCCACCUCCCCCUCCCCCUCCUCUUCCCCCUCAGCCCUGCCCUUCUGUCCCCCUCCCUCCCCUAAACUACGAAGAGGAGCAGAAUCUGAUUUUAUAGUUUUUUGUACAUAAUGAUGCUGUUUUUCAAAUGACUGUAUAUGUAGAAGGUUUUAUUUUGGUUGUGUUGUAAAACAAUGUAAAAAGAAAAUAACGAGGAAGACGAUGUGUAUCGAUUUGAACACGGUGUCGUAGUUUAUGAAGUAGAGUGAAACUCUUCACCUCCGACCUCUUGACUGGACUGAUUUAUAUUGUACUGGAUGCUUUGUGGGUCAGAAACAUUGAGAAGUAAUAGCAUUUGCCAAACUGCUGUCUGGUUCUGUUUUCUGAAGUGAGUUAUCGGAGGUAGGAAGGAAAAAGGUAUUUAUUGUGUCAGAAAUUUAUAUACAAAUGGUCAUGACGACGUCCUUUUUGUGAAACUUGCAGCUAAUGCUUCCAUUUUCGUGGCUUUUUUUCUAGUAUAUACUUUGUGCCCAAGACUGUUUGUGGAAUAAUAAUGGGAUAAAUUGUGAUAUUAUACAACACACUAUUAAUGUAAUAUUACUACAUUUCACUAUAUUGUAUGGAUACACCUGACAACAAUACAGUAUGUCGCAGUAUGUUUCCCUGAUAUAGUAUUUUGAGCAAUAUUGCUCCGCAAUAAUCUGCUGAAAUAUGAAAUGCAAAUGCAUUUCUCCAUAUCAGUAUAUAUAUUUAAUUUGAAAGCGAUUGAUAAAAAGCCACUAGUGUCCUAUUGAACCAUCUUUUUUUAAAGUUUUCUAAUCAGUCCCAGUGUUUUAUUGUUCCACUCUCAUGCUUGUAUGGUUUAUUUAAAGCUCGAUCCAGCAGCCGGUAGUUUCAUAUUUACCAGAAUCGUUUCAAUCAAACUUUCUGAGAAGAAACAAAUAGGCACAUUUCCAAAAAUGCAAAAGAAAAACACUCCUUAAAAGUAUUGCGAUUGUUUUGUACAUGUAGCCCUCAACAGCAGCGGCAGAGCUUAUGGUGUAAUGUUGCUGUGUUGUUCAGUGUCUGUUGGACCAGCUUCUCCACAUAAUGGAAACAAAGCACUUUCUGUUCAGCCGAGGACGAAUCUGACCCGAAGGCUGUAGAACAGACCGGCCCUCAGAGUCUCAGGAAAGAAUACUUUCAGGACACACCCUCGACUAUAUUGGUCUCCCAAAAACAAUUCAAGUGUUAAAUCUGUAACAUUAUAUUGCAGCCACACCAGGAGCUUGCCAUGAGUUAACUUAAGGAUAAGAAUAACCAAUAAGCAAUAUCCCAAAUGUAACUCAUUACAGCACAAAAUGGAAGUAUCCACUGCUGUUUAAAUACAGUUGAUGUUAUUGAAGAUACAAAUUAUGUUGGAUGAUCAACAGGGCAAUUUCCGGUUCUUCCAAUUCUAUUAUAUCAAUCAUUCGGAGGCUGUCGAGAAUUCCUUCCCAAAGCAUUAUUUAUCUAUUUAAGUCCAGUUUCUCUCCGGUGUGGAGCGUCCUGUCUGUUAUCAUGUUUCAUUUAUCAGCCAGAGCCUGGAGUGACCUUGUGUUUUAAAAAGUACAAUAAAUUAUUGAAAUUCUGUUUCAGCGACAACUAUGAAUAUGUUUUUCGGAGUGGUAAAUGUCUGAUUUUAGAAUCGAAUCUGUCUCACUUUGAUGUUGAACAGCUUUUAUUUAGUCAUUGAUGGUCUUGAUUUUACGAUCAACAUUGGAGUAGAGCCCACUUGCUAAUGUAGCCCACAACAUUUCCCCAGUGCCUGUCCUUAACUGUGAACUACUAAAUGGUCCAGAGCCGUGUAGAGAAGGAGUUCUGUCCUUUUAAUGGGAGUUUUAAGAGUCCCAGAUUUUACAUUUUCUCUGGAAAAUGAGAGCAAAGCCUUAAAUUGGUCUCUUAAGCUGUUGAAAACUCUCCAAAUGUCUGCGGUGUAAGUUGGGGGACGUCAAACUGUGCGGCUCGCUGAGACCAUGUCCUAAAAGCAGGGUUUUGUUUGUGAUGAUGAGUUUCACCGCAAGCAUGCAGCAUCCUGGGAAAAGGAACCUAAAACUUCAGCUCUUUUAGUCCGUUUGACUCUGGACUUCAUUUCAGAGACAGAACUCUUCACCUUGUGGCUUUGAUGAGAGCGAAGUGAUAUUACGCACUUGAUGCCAGUUGUAAGGCGCUCUGCAGCUCUUUUUAUGCUUUUGGGUUUCAGUUGUUACAAAAAAACAACAUGACAGGAACGUCUAUAUUUCUUUGUACACAUGUGAUGGUUGAAAACAAGUUUUCAUGGACCGGUGUUUUAACAGUUUAUAUAUCUCAAGAUAUUUCUUUUCUUUUUUAUUUCUGUGAUUUUUAACUGUCAGCACUGGAGUGUACAUAAGACAUUUUGUAAAGAGGAAAAAAACGUGUAGUGUGGUUUCUACUUUAAAUAUGAGCCUAGCUAAUAAAAGGUUCAAUGUAUGGAAAA